UGGACUGCCCAGCUGCCCAGAGUAAACGGCUGUGGUGGACCGGGUCGGCGCCGCUGUCCUCGUCCGCGCCUGGUCCAUCCCUCGCGCCGGUACAGCCUGGAACCGAGGCUACAGCGAGCCCGGCGCUCUCUCUGCUAGGCGGACCCGCAACCCGGAAAGGCGGCGCGGCGUAGCCCGGAGACCGAUCCUGCUCGAACCCGGCCCCAGCGGGCUGGCGCCGCGGGCAUGUCGGAGGCGCGGAAGGGGCCGGACGAGGCAGAUGAGAGCCAGUGUGACUCCGGCAUAGAGUCUCUGCGCUCUCUGCGUUCCCUACCCGAACCCACCCCGGCCCCAGGCUCCAGACCCUCGGACGGCGGCAGCCCCCAGCCCUGGCCCCAUCCUCCGGGGACCUCCAAGGAGCCACAGAAGGAAGACGGGGACGGGGAGCGGGCUGACUCCACCUAUGGCUCCUCCUCGCUCACCGAGCCCUUGCCCUUGCUGGGGGGUCCUGAGGCUGAGGACCCAGCCCCAGGAUCGCCACUGUCCUCCGCGGGGGCGCUGAGCCCUCAGCAGCUUGAAGCACUCACUUAUAUCUCUGAGGACGGAGACACGCUUGUCCAUCUGUCGGUGAUUCAUGAGGCCCCAGCCGUGCUGCUCUGUUGCCUGGCUUUAUUGCCCCAGGAGGUCUUGGACAUUCAGAACAACCUUUACCAGACGGCACUCCAUCUGGCUGUUCAUCUGGACCAGCCGGGUGCAGUUCGGGCCCUGGUGCUGAAGGGGGCCAGCCGGGUGCUACAGGAUCGGCAUGGUGACACAGCCCUACAUGUGGCAUGCCAGCGCCAGCAUCUGGCCUGUGCCCGCUGCCUGCUGGAAGGGCAGCCAGAGCCAGGCAGAGGACCACCUCACCCCCUGGACCUCCAGCUGCAAAACUGGCAAGGUCUGGCCUGUCUUCACAUUGCCACUCUGCAGAGGAACCAGCCACUUAUAGAACUACUGCUUGAGAAUGGAGCUGACAUUGAUGCCCAGGAGGGUACCAGUGGGAAGACAGCAUUGCACCUAGCUGUGGAAACCCAGGAGCGGGGCCUGGUGCAGUUCCUGCUCCAGGCUGGUGCCCAGGUAGAUGCCCGCAUGCUCAAUGGGUGCACACCCCUGCACCUGGCAGCUGGACGGGGCCUCAGUGGCAUCUCAUCCACUCUGUGUGAGGCCGGCGCUGACUCCCUGCUGCUGAAUGUGGAAGAUGAGACACCGCAGGACCUGGCUGAGGAUCCCCUUAUUCUUUUGCCCUUCGAUGACCUGAAGAUCUCUGGGAAGCCGCUGAUGUGUGUCGACUAAAGCCAGGACAGGAAGCUGGGGCCACUGCUGCUGCAGUCUGGGCCCAGUGUGCCCUUCUAGUGUCCUAGGGACUGCUGAGGCCAGAUCCUGGAGCCAGUACAGUUUUGAGUGAGAAGAGGGAUUGCAAGUCAGAGAGAACCAGCCUGGAAGAAAGAGCUUCCCAGGUGGACUGGAAGGAGAUUCUUGGGAGGCUCCUAAAGCCCCAGGCAUCCUGGGUGAAGUCUGUUUACCUCUCUUGGAGAUGGCAGGGCCCUCAUUUCUACCUGUCUGGUCGGUCUGAACCUGCCAAUAGUGGGAAAAUGUAGAGGCUUCUGAGUGAGAAGAGACUGAAAUAGAAGCAAACAGGCCCUGAGGGGUCCCACCUUACUGCUAUUGAAGAUUCCAAAACACUCUUGUCUAAAAACUUCGAACAAAAGGACCUGAACUGAGCCUUUGGGAAAGGGACAGUUCAGUAAUAUAACACUAAAAUAGCAGAGACUUUUUAAAAAAGUGUUUUCCUCCCAGCCAGGUGCAGUGGUACAAACGUGUAAUCCUACUCAGGAGGCUGAGGCAGGAGGAUCACCAGUUUGAGACCAGCCUCAGCAACUUAGCAAGACCCUGCCUCAAAAUAAAAGAAAAAAA